AUGGCGCUCGCGGCCAACAAAAUAUUGAUACUUGGGGCAUCGCAAUCUGGGAAGACCACAUUGCUGAAACGCAUCCAAUAUCUUAUUGAUGGGGAACCCACCGAGGAGGAGCGCGCCGUCUGGGCAGACACCAUGCGAACCUAUUUGGCCAAUGAAACUAUGACGGUGUUGGAUUUUAUGAAAAAAAAUGGUACCUUCCUGCAGUACCCGGACAUAAACAAGCCUCACAUUAAGACUCUACGCAAUCAGCCUCGCUCCGAAAUCCGAGAUGUGGAAGCCGCCAUCUCCUCCCUUUGGAAAGACAAGAAUUUUUUGCGAGGAUUUUACUGGUCGUAUCGCACGCAACCGGCCAAUAUCAAACAGCUAGCUGGCCGAAUCCAGCACCUGGCUGACCGAGGCCAGCAUCGCUAUACGCCCACCACGCAAGAUAUCCUCCAGGUGUUUGUCAAAACCACAGGGAUUUACGAGACCACUAUGCACUACAACUCCCGACCCUUCCAGAUCUGUGAUGUGGGCGGGAAUAAAUCACAGCGAAAGAAAUGGAUUCAUGCGUUCCCGAAUACUUCGGUGGUCAUUUUCACGGCUGACGCUACCUCCUAUUCGAAAGUCCUGUGUGAGGAUGAGAAUGAGCUUCGCGUGGCAGAAGAAUUGACCCUAUUUGAAUCCAUUGCAAACCACCGCCAGUUUACAAACACCCGCCUGGUGCUCAUACUGACUCACAUAGAUAAACUUGACAAUAUAUUCGUGCGGAAUCCGGUGACGGAUUGCUUUCCCGAUUUCACCUCUUCAAGCUUGCCAGGCUUUCCAGGCUACAAGGAAGACUACCUGACCGACUUGGAGAACCGAUUCUCGAGUAGACUUCCGGAUGAGAGGGACCGAGGGACUUUUCAGAUUCUUCGGGCAGAUCUGAUCCAUGAUGGACUUGAAACAGUGGAAGACAUUCUCAAGACCUUGUUGGAGGACACGAUCCCAUAA